AUGCUGAACGGUAGACCAGGCGAUUUAUUAAUGGAUCGUUCAACAGCGAUGUCAGCAAAAUUGGCUACAGCAAAAAGACCGCAGACGUUAUCAAUGGCAAAUAGUACAUCAUCGGGGGAGGUGAAGAAUAUGAGCAAAACAAAAGAUGUCAUUGCUAACAGUAGUUCUGAGUCAAUGAGUCAACACGUAACCAUAGCCGUUGUACGGGCACCAGACAAGCUACAGUUUGACAAAAUGUCCGUCCAUUCAGUAAGUUCCGAAGACAUAUCGUCUUCGAACGAUGGUCAAUGCUGUAGUGCCGCAGCCAGAAACCCAGCUAUAAAAACAGGGCGCCGCAUACAGCUGAUGCAGAUGAUUAUUUUACCGUUCAUACCAAUACUGGCAUUGAUUGUGCAAACAUCUAUAUCGCUGGACGAUGUUCUGGAAUAUAGAGCAGAGGUGGCCGACAUUGAGACACAGGUAACUAUUGCUACGGAUUUGGGAAAAGUCGUUACACAUCUGCAGCUGGAAAGAUCGGAGGUAGCUUUUUAUAUAUUUACGAAUGGCAGCAAAGUUCGUUCGAAUUUGACACAACGCUUUGCUGUUACGGACCAGGCAUUGAACAACAUGACCACAUGGAGUGAGGUUAGCGUCCCCACCCUUGAUGAUGACGACGAUUAUGGGGUUUUAUUGAAUCGCAGCGAAUUCCAAAGUCGUCUUAAUGAAUUUAGGGAUAGGGUACGGACGGAACCUGAGGAUAAUUCAAUCACCGAUGUCAUGAAUUGGUAUACAGCGAUUAACAAGGCUCUGCUGCACCAUCUCUCGGAGCAGAUCAAGGAGGCGGACAACAGCGGUGUAUGGAGAUAUCUUGUUGGCUUUAAAAAUCUGCUAAAGAGCAUCGAAAGCCAAAACAUAGCCUCCUCGUUCGGCAUCAAGUACUAUGGACGGGGGUUAUUGGGUUCGGAGGGUUUUGCGUCGUUCAUUCGGCAUGAGUUCCUGGCCAGGGAACUGAUAAAUUCCACUUUAAAUUACGUGCCCUCUCUAAGGAAGAUGUACAUCAACAUUACAGAAACGAACACCUACAGGAAAAUGAAAAAUAUGAGUUCGGUUGUUCUGAAGAACAAGCGUCGCAAUGUAUCCGACAUCCAGAGCGCCAUCGAGUAUUACGACGCAAUGCACAACUAUACCGACGACUUGAGGAUUUUACAAAAGGACCUGAGGCAACAAAUUAAGAAAUACGUGGGCGAAACUCUAAAGGUGGCAGCCAAGAACGAGGCUAUUGGCAUUUCGAUUUUAGUUGUGGUACUUUGUGUCUCGCCCAUUAUCAUUGUGCUGGUGAAGAAUGCAGCAGCUACCAUACAGAUGUACGCUUUGAACUUGGCUGAAAAGGCUAAGGAGUUGAAACGGGAGAAGCGAAAAAGCGAUUCAUUGCUGUUUCAGAUGUUACCACCCAGCGUAGCCAUGCAAUUGAAACAGACACAACAGGUGCCUGCAGAACUCUAUGAAUCGGCUACUGUAUAUUUCAGCGAUAUCGUGGGGUUCACAGAAAUAGCUGCUCGUUGCACACCGUUAGAGGUCGUUACAUUUCUUAAUUCAAUAUAUAGGGUAUUCGACGAACGUAUAGAAUGCUAUGAUGUUUACAAAGUUGAAACAAUAGGCGACUCAUAUAUGGUGGCCUCUGGAUUACCGGUUAAGAAUGGAAACAAACAUAUUACCGAAAUCGCAACAAUGGCUCUUGAUUUGCUGGACGCUUCCUCAUGUUUCAAAAUACCACGUUCCAUGGACAUUUUGCAAAUACGAUGUGGCGUCCACACGGGUCCUGUGGUAGCUGGCAUCGUUGGUACAAAAAUGCCGCGUUACUGCUUGUUUGGCGAUACCGUCAACACGGCAUCCCGAAUGGAGUCGACCGGAGAGGCUCAUAAAAUCCACAUUACCGAGGAAAUGAACGAGGCCCUGAUGAAGGUUGGCGGUUUUAAGACCGAGCAUCGUGGAUGGAUUGAUGUUAAGGGUAAAGGCCUUAUGAGCACCUAUUGGCUGACCUGCAAAGAUGGUCCGGUUAAAGUGCGGGAGGAAAUCGCCUGGUUUGCUGACAUGCAGCCAGUCUUUUUGGAAAACCUAAAAUUAGAUCCUGCGUACAGGAGCAGCAAGCUGAAAAAAUGAAU